AUGGCUCGAUUAUUGUUGUCGACGUUAGCAUUUUUCCUCAUCAUGAUGAUGAACAUUAAUAUUAGUCAAAUUUCAGGUUCUCCUCCUCUUAUAGUGCCCCUUCCUUCCCCAAUUAGCCCCGCACCUUCACCAUUACCUAGUGGAGGUAGCGGUGGAGGAGGUGGAGGAGGAGGAGGUGGUGAAGGAGGUGGUGCAAGAGGUGGUUAUGGCUUUGGAAGUGGUAGCGGUUCUGGAUGGGGAAGAAGUGGUGGAGGUGUUGGUGGCGGUGGUGGAGGUGGAGGUGGAGGUGGAGGUGGAGGUAGUGAUCGAGGACGAGGCCGUGGAGGAUCAGGCCAAGGUAGUGGUUAUGGUGGGGGCUAUGGUUCCAGCGGUACCGAUGGAAGUGUUCCAAUUCCUAGUCCUGGUGUCAAGCCUUGGAUGACAAGGAAAGUGUUCCCAGGCUUUUACUAG